AUGUCUGCAUUUGAAGGUGCAACAGAUGUGAGCAAAAUCGCUGAGGAAUUGCAGAAAAACUCCCUAGACUUUUCAAAGGACAUCAUGAAGAUCUUCAAUGACCCCGUUCAUGGUAACAUUGAGCUGCACCCUCUGCUGGUGAAAAUGAUUGACACUCCUCAGUUUCAGAGACUUCGAUACAUUAAACAACUGGGAACGAAACAUCUAGUGUAUCCGGGUGCCACUCACACUCGCUUCGAACACUCACUUGGUGUGGCACAUUUAGCAGGCUGUCUUCUCAAGACACUAAAUGAGAAUCAGCCAGAACUCAACAUCAAGAAAAAGGAUUUCCUGUGUGUUCAGAUCGCUGCCCUGUGCCAUGACAUGGGUCAUGGUCCGUUCUCUCAUUUGUUUGAUGGCAUGUUCAUCCCUAAAGUCCGGUCUGGAGCCAGAAUGAAACAUGAGCAGGCAUCUGUUGACAUGUUUCGCUGCAUGAAAAGGAGGAAUGGACUGGACAAAGAGAUGAAAUUCUAUGGACUGGAUUUACAGAAAGACAUCAAAUUCAUUGAGGAAUUAAUUCUGAAAGGACAAAAGGAUGGCAAGUGGUCAAUGAAGGGCAGGACUGAGGACAAAUCCUUCCUGUAUGAGAUUGUGGCAAAUAAAGUGAACGGCAUUGAUGUGGACAAAUGGGACUAUUUGGCUCGAGAUUGUUAUUAUCUCGGCAUUCCAUGUGGUUUUGACUCUCAGCGUCUGCUAAAAUCUGCUCGAGUGUGUGAGGUGAACAGGAGGAAACACAUCUGCUUCAGAGACAAGGUGGCAGAUAACAUUUAUGGCAUGUUUCACACCAGAUACACUCUUCAUCGUCAGGCUCUUCAGCACAAGAUCGGCUACAUCAUUGACGUCAAGAUUAACGAUGCUCUUGUAAAAGCUAAUGACAAGCUGAGUCCAGACAGGAAGAUCUCAGAUGCCGUAGACGACAUGCUAGAGUACACCAAACUCACAGAUCACAUCUCCGAUCAGAUCCUGAACCCGCCAGACUCAAAUCCAGGUCUGGCUGAAGCCCAAAGGAUUCUGCAGGGUGUUGUCAACAGACGGCUGCCAAAGUUUGUGGGAGAGGCUCGACUAAAUGAAGACAAAUUAAAGGAGAUACAGAAUGACAGCUUGAAAGCCAAGCCUGUUAAAGCCGUCAAGAUUGAAGUGUAUAAGAAAUUACUGAAGGGUCUCUGGGAUGAUAUGCUGUUGGAAAACAAACUGAAGGCAACAGACUUUGAAAUUUAUGUUCUCGAGAUGGGUUUUGGUGAAGUGGGCAAGGAGCCUAUUGAUAAUGUUCAUUUCUACAGCAAGAGUGACCUGAAAACAGCUUUCAAGAUGAAGAAGUACCAGGUGUCCAGCCUCAAACCAGAGAAGUAUCACGAAUUUCUUGUGAGGGUCUAUUAUAAUCCAGAGGAUCAGGAGCAUCAGGUCCAGCAGAAAGCUCAGAAGUGCUUUCAUGAUUGGUAA